AUGAUCGCCUGGCGAGACGCGGCACGGGACAGCUGGCUGGAGAGGACCGCAAAGAGGUUCGCCAAGACCCAGGGCCGCAAGGAGGAGGAAUUUGAGGGGGCUUGCGCGGAGCUGCUGCAGCUGACGCUGGCGGGUGCUCCAGCGGGGAUUCCGUUGUCACAACCAUGGCAGGAGUUCGCCGGCGAGAUGCGCCCGCCGGACCACCCGGCCCAGCGCGUGCCCUCGAACCUCCAACGCUUCGCGGGCAACUACUUGAAUCUGCUGAUGGUGACUGCUGCUUUCGCUUCAGCCUCCACACGGCCCUUCUUUGUGGGCUUCUGCCUGAUUGCGAAGGCAAUUGCACUAUUGGCCCCUCCCGAGAUGUUCGACGUGGACAUGCUCCAAGGAAAGUCCGCUGGUGGUGGCUACCGGUCUGUGGGCGGCCCAUGGCUGCGAUGUGCUCUGGCGACCGCAGGCCACGCAGGCGUUUGGGCCACUGGCCUCCUUGCCUCAUCCGGCCGACGUGGGCUGGCGGUUGGGGUGGCCCUGGUGCUGUCGCAUGCCCUCUUCCGCACGCGGCCCUGGACAGAGGUAGCCAAGGAGCGACUCACCAAGGGGCUCAAGUCCCAGUGA